AUGACGGAUAUCGGCCUCAUGGCCUACUAUCUUGGAAUUGAGGUAAAGCAAAUUGAGGAUUGUAUAUUCAUCUCACAAGGAGGAUAUGUGAAAGAAAUUCAAUAUGAAGGAUUACAAGCCUAUAUCCUUUUUGGAGUUGGGCUCAUUAGUCGCUAUAUGGAGACACCUACCAUGACCCAUAUGAAAAUUGCAAAGAGAAUUGUUCGCUACAUCAAAGGUACGCUUGAUUAUGGUUUAGUCUAUUCAUCAUCUAAUGAAUUCAAACUUGUUGGAUAUAGUGACAGCGAUUGGGGCAGAGACGGUGAUGAUAGACAGAAUACGACUGGGUAUGUGUUUUACUUGGGCGACACAACUUUCAUUUGGAGCUCAAAGAAGCAAUCGAUCAUAGCACUAUCUACCCGUGAAGCUGAAUAUGUUGCAACUACAUCAAGUGUCUGCCAUGCAAUUUGA